UACAGGGCGGAGAAACGUCGACCAGGGAGGAUGGAUGUAAGUCAGCGGAUAAAGAAGGAAGCAGACGUCGCCGUUUGAGGACAGUGACAAAAAGGGACACCACCGAUUUGUUAUCGACAAUUGAGUCGGCAGUCAGUCUUUGGGUGGUGAAUGCCUGGUACGUACGCGGAACCCACCGCCGGUGUUCUGCAGCUGGGUGCAGCCGCGCCGAAACGGGCGUAUCGAAAUCCGCGACACGACACGGCCAGGCCCUCAACUGCAACAAAACAAAAAUGUCGUAUUUAGAUACUGAAAAUCGGUACGGCUGUUUGUUUUGUUAUCUUCAACUGAUUUCGAAAUUCCUGGUACGGCUUCCUGCCCGGUCUUGCCGGUCAUGGGGCCCACCAGGGAACCCCCUAUUCGCCCACAAACCUCAGACCUUACGGAACUUCCGUCCAGUCUCUCUCUUGACUUACCUCGUCCCUCUACGCCUCCACAGUUCAUUAGAAGGACCACUAUUCCCCUCUCGCUCGUCUUGGACCCUUCCCCUGAUGACGUCAACCACCCUCCUGCUGCCUCUACCAGUACUCAGGAGGAUAUGGAGCCGUUUACGGCCUCCCCCCUCGUGAAGUACUCAUACGAAGUUUCAAUACCUCUCAACGUUUCUCUCGUUAUGAUUCGGCGUGCUCUUGAUGCCGCUGGGAUAGCAUUCACCUCCGCACAGAUGGAAUAUCGGCACAUCCUGUCUGGUAGACUACGGGUAGCUCUUAAAAAGAAGCCCGCUUUCUAUUAUGAGAAGGACGCUGUCUUUCACCCCUUCGUUCUUCGCUCUCGCUCACGUCCUUCUUAGGGUUAGGGUUAGGGUGAGCCAUUCGCAGUUUCACUGUAUAAAUUGCUUAUACUUAGACAUGCAUGGCUUAAUCU